GGCGCGGUAUCGCGGCGGCGGCAGUCCCGGAGGCUCCACCGGGUUGGCCCCUUCCCUCCUCCGCUCCCCCCUCCUCCCCUCCCCUCAACGGUGGUUUCCCAGGAGUCGGCGGCGAGCGGCCAGGCGGCGACGAGCUCCUGAGUCAACUCACUAUCCUGAAAGUCCAUCUUCCCAAGAGAAGGGACAGAAAGAAAGACCUCUUUGUAAGAAGGGCUUUAUCUCAUGAAUGAGACAGCAGAAAACCGAUUGGGGUGCAGCAGGACUCCAGAGCCAGAUAUAAGGCUCAGAAAAGGGCACCAACUUGAUGGUACAAGAAAUGGUGAUAAUGACAGCCACCAAGGAAAUUGGGAGCCCGUUUUAGAAGCAUCUGUUCUUUCUUCCAGUCAUAAAAAAAGCCCUGAGGAGCAAGAGUGCAAUGAUGAAGCUUCUCCGGAAGAUGAGGGGUUUAUGGGCAUGUCCCCUCUUUUACAAGCCCAUCAUGCUAUGGAAAGAAUGGAAGAGUUUGUUUGUAAGGUAUGGGAAGGUCGAUGGCGAGUAAUUGCUCAUGAUGUGCUACCAGAUUGGCUCAAGGAUAAUGACUUCCUUCUGCAUGGACACCGGCCCCCUAUGCCUUCUUUUCGGGCCUGUUUUAAGAGCAUUUUCAGGAUACACACAGAGACAGGCAACAUCUGGACACAUCUCUUAGGUUGUGUGUUCUUCCUGUGCCUGGGGAUCUUUUAUAUGUUUCGCCCAAACAUCUCUUUUGUGGCCCCACUGCAAGAGAAGGUUGUCUUUGGAUUGUUCUUCUUGGGGGCCAUCCUCUGCCUUUCUUUUUCCUGGCUCUUCCACACAGUCUACUGCCAUUCAGAAGGGGUGUCCCGGCUCUUCUCUAAACUGGAUUACUCUGGCAUUGCUCUUCUGAUUAUGGGAAGUUUUGUUCCCUGGCUUUAUUAUUCUUUCUACUGUAACCCACAACCUUGCUUCAUCUACUUGAUUGUCAUUUGUGUGCUGGGCAUUGCAGCCAUUAUAGUCUCCCAGUGGGACAUGUUUGCCACCCCUCAGUAUCGAGGAGUAAGAGCAGGUGUGUUUUUGGGCCUCGGCCUGAGUGGAAUCAUUCCUACCUUGCACUAUGUCAUCUCGGAGGGGUUCCUGAAGGCAGCCACAAUAGGGCAGAUUGGCUGGCUGAUGCUCAUGGCCAGCCUCUAUAUCACGGGAGCGGCCCUGUACGCUGCCCGCAUCCCCGAACGCUUCUUCCCUGGCAAGUGUGACAUCUGGUUCCACUCUCACCAGCUGUUUCACAUCUUUGUGGUCGCUGGCGCUUUCGUUCACUUCCAUGGUGUCUCAAAUCUCCAGGAGUUCCGCUUCAUGGUCGGUGGCGGCUGCAGUGAAGAGGAAGCACUGUGACACCUCCCAGAAGCCAGGGACUGUAACCCUGAACCAGCGCCUGCAUUCUGCCCCUCCUGGCCAGUGGUGCCAGUACCAGAGGAGCCCCAAACUUUGGCAGCCUCGUGGGCUUGGUGACGCCCCGGGGGCUCCACGUGGUACACGACUGAGAAGAGAAAAACAAAAAUAAAUCAUACCUCAAAGGUGGAGUGCAUCAGUUGGAGAAGAGGAGAAAUGGCCCAGACCCUGACUUAUUCUUGAGAUCUGCCAGUUGCAGGCUCUACGGGACCCUUGGCAGAUGGGCUUCUGACUUGUGUCGUAUUUAUUUUUAGAUGAUGGGGACACAGUGCAGCUGGUGGCCUGUUCUCCCUUCUCUCUCCUUGAAACCAUGACACCAAACAAUUAGGUGAACAUUUAUAGCCUAUUAAGGGGCAGGAGUGUGAUUUUCGAUACUCUUUUGAGAGAACAAAGAAAUUAAUGUAAAUAAGAUUUCUAACUUACUGUUUAAAUAAGAAUUUAUAUAACUGUUUAAAACAAAGGGGUAGGGGAGGGAGGACUUUUGUAUAGAGUGAAACAAGCAAGUACCACACACUGUUUCCAUUUUGCACGAAGUGACUGUAGGCGGGUUAGGUGAUAGCCCAGAAUGUAUAAUGCCUUGGCGCACCAAGGUGCCUUUGAAGGCUGACAUACCUUGGGCCCUGUGGGGCAGAGACAGGCCCCCGCCCAGAGAUCACAUGACCACUCCUGCCCAAGAGCCUUCGGGAGUCCCGAGGUAGAGGGAAGCCAGCUGUUUUCCCAGUGGAGGCAGCACGCAGUGGCUAACAGGAUGUGUUAAAGGCUCUAGUUACGGUGUCAUUUGAGAGACUGACUUGUUCCCUGUGCUAAUAGGGACCCUUUCCCAGUGGUAGAGCCACCUGCUUGGAGAAGGCCAUUGUGCUGGCAGAGGUAUAGUGGGAACAGCGGGAAGAGCUCUGGAGGUGUUAGCACGGCACUGGGCUGAAGACUGGCAUCCUGCUCAGCCUUGUGGGAACUUUAUCUGAUAAAGGGAUGUAACAUUUUUCCAUGCCCUUGCUAUGGAGCUUUGGAACACUCUGGAAAUGUCCCUCUCUUAAAAUCACUGCCCUCUUCCUGGGAAUAAAAAUCGACCUUUCCAUGGCCUCAUAGUUCCUGCCACAAAUGAGAUCCUGACCUGUCUCUGCCUCCUGAGCUCAUUUAAGAUAGGUUGGGAGGGUGCUGCUGUGGAUUAGAAGAGAUGAGUUCACCUGGCACACUGUCUCGGUAAGCCUUGACAGACACGUCAGCUCACCUUGAACAGGAAAGCCAGCAGAACGCUUGUCAAGCAGGGCCCAGUACCGUGCAUGGAGUUACCAACAUUCCCCAAGCCCCGUUUCUUAAGAAUAGCAUGGUGGGAAGUUUUAAAAGGAAACUGUGUGCUGUUGCCAGGAAGCAUAGUAGAGUCCUUAAAGCUCACUCUAUGAAGAGCUGCUGGAAGUAACAGACAGUUCUUGUGUCCAUGAGGUGCCCAUUAAUGGUGUUAGAGAGCGUGGCAGGGGAAGGGUCUGCUGAUCUUGGCUCACAGGUGAACCACCGAAAUAGCACUUGGGUCUCAGGUUACUUACUGUCAUCCAAGACACAAGUGACUAAGUUACAUCCUGGGGCCUGUGGGUUUUAGAACUAAUAUUGAAGCCCUAAGCCUAGGGGCUGGCAGCCUCUAAUGGGUGUUUGGGAAUAUGGGAAGUGUCUAUUUGGCAUAGAGUUUUCUUGGUUAUUUUUCUCCUUUCUCUCCCCUUCCAAUCUCCAGCAAAAGCAGGGAGAAUGAAUCCAUUGUAGAACUUGGGAAAAAUUUAAGAGAAUAUUGUGGUUUGUGGUUCUGGAUAAAGUCGCUGCCCUGGGUGCUAGGCGGACCCAGCGGAAGAUGCAGUGGGUGGCCUGGUGCAGCAUCUGACAGAAAGAGUCAGUAUUAGCCCUUUAGAGGAGAUGUAGUCCAGCAGGAUAGUUGACACCUGGAAGGAAGCUCAGUUCCUCAGAAGUAACAGCACAUAUCAGACGCCGGAUUUACUCUUCGGUCAUGCACUUUUGGGUACAGGGGGUACAGGGUAUGAGGUGCAGGCCUGUGAGCACCCCCCAAAAAGGAGCAGUCUCUGGGCCCAGCCCCCUCAGGAGGAGCUGAAUCUGGUUCAACAUAGCACAAACCCUUAGGGAAAAUGAAAUUAGCAUCAGCGAUGUGUAGUGCAUAACAAUCUCCCUCUUUAGGGUGUGUGCAUAGGGACGUGUGUGUCCAUUUACAAGUGUGUCUGUGCACAGCUCACUCCCCGCAGCCUCGCCGCACUGAGUCCACAGUGCUUGCUGAGAACUCUCACCAGGUUGGCGCCUGAAUGCCUUACUCUCAGCAUCAGAGGCUUGCUUGCUCUGCAGAUUUUUAAUUUUCUUCCUAUACCCUAGGCUAGUUAGAACCUCCACAGCUUCAUCUCACCUUUAAAUAGUGGCCUUUUUCAGUAUUUUUCCCCUUCCUCUUUAUAAAUUGCUGAAGCCACAAAGCACAUUUUUGGGGAUCAUAGAAGGUUGGGGUUCCAGAAAGGCAUCUGUGUGGUAGUUCCAUUCACCAUGGGCUUUCCCUACUUGCUGUCUUCUCAACUUCUAAUAAAAAGAGCCAAAUGGA